UUUCAGCUCAUUUUCUUUCCUGUCAUUCUCUCGCUCAAUCUUUGAUGAUUGUCCCGCCGCGCAGAGCCCCGUUUUCUCUCCCCACCUCGCUUUUCCCAGCCUCCUUUUUUCCCUCUUCCUUUUCCACUUCUCAGCGGACUUGCGCCGCCGUGGAUUUCGUCUUCUCUCAGACAGCUGCCGUUACUUUUUUGUUGUUUUCGCAGGGGUUGUGGUGUUUCUUUGAGCCGUUCACGCUGGGGUUGCUCUCUUGCCCCUCUCUCCACGUUGAACUUGCACUCGUAGGGUGAGAACCAUGGCCGUCCCGGCUGCUCUGAUCCCCCCUUCCCCUCUGGUCCAGCCGUCUCCCAUCUCCGCCUCGUCCUCGGUCAGCACCUCUUCGCCCUCGGCCACUUCUUCCUCCCCUUCUCCGUCCGUGGCUCCUCCGUUCCGGCCGGAGCUUCUCACCACUAGCAGCCCGGGGGUGCCUCUGCCCGCCAAGCCCGUCUACUCGACCCCGUCGCCCGUUGAGAACACGCCGCAGAACAACGAGUGCAAAAUGGUCGAGCUGCGGGGCGCCAAGGUGGCCUCGUUCACGGUGGACGGCUGCGAGCUCAUCUGCCUCCCGCAGGCUUUCGACCUGUUCCUCAAGCACCUGGUCGGCGGGCUGCACACCGUCUACACCAAGCUCAAGCGCCUGGAGAUCACGCCGGUGGUCUGCAACGUGGAGCAGGUCCGCAUCCUGCGCGGGCUCGGCGCCAUCCAGCCCGGAGUCAACCGCUGCAAGCUCAUCUCCAGGAAGGACUUCGAGACGCUCUACAACGACUGCACCAACGCCAGCUCAAGACCUGGGAGGCCUCCGAAGAGGACGCAGAGUGUUACAUCGCCAGAGAACCCUCACAUCAUGCCCCACUCUGUGCCGGGCCUUAUGUCGCCAGGAAUAAUUCCCCCUACAGGCCUCACAGCUGCAGCCGCUGCCGCAGCAGCCGCCACCAAUGCCGCCAUUGCCGAGGCCAUGAAGGUGAAGAAGAUCAAGCUGGAGGUGAUGAGCAGCUACCACGGUAACAACACUCAGCACGGCGCAGACUCAGAGAACGGAGACCUGAGCUCCAGCGUGGGUUUGGAACUGCCAUUCAUGAUGAUGCCCCACCCCCUGAUCCCUGUCAGCCUGCCUCCUGCAUCAGUCACCAUGGCAAUGAGUCAGAUGAACCACCUCAGCACCAUCGCCAAUAUGGCCGCCGCAGCACAGGGACAGAGUGCCCCAUCCAGAAUGGUGACAUCAGUGAUUAAGGAGCGGGUGCCUGACAGUCCCUCCCCUGCUCCUUCUCUGGAAGACGGCAGAAGGCCGGGGAGCCGUCCCUCAUCCCAGCGCAGCAGCAGCGUCUCUAGCUCCCCUGCACACACUGAAAGCUCCUCUGACAGAAUCCCUGUUCACCAGAAUGGGCUCUCAAUGAACCAGGCCCUUUUGGGCCUCUCGCCCAGCAUCCUUCCUGGACCUAAGGAGGGUGACCUGGCCACUCAUGACAUCGGCCACGAGGCCAAGAGAAUGCACCCUGAGAAAGAAGAAGCUCCCUUGUGUACUCCAACAGCGAGAGACAGCUAUGAGAGGUUGUCGUUGGCUGGCCAGGCUUUACCGCCCGGAUUCCCAUCGCCUUUCCUGUUUCCUGAUGGACUUUCAUCAAUAGAGACCCUCCUGACCAACAUACAGGGUCUGCUGAAGGUGGCCAUCGAUAACGCCCGUGCUCAGGAGAAGCAGGUGCAACUAGAGAAGACUGAGCUAAAGAUGGAGCUGUUCAGAGAGAGGGAACUCCGAGAGACCCUGGAGAAGCAGUUGGCUGUAGAGCAGAAGAACAGAGCAAUAAUUCAGAAGCGCUUGAAGAAAGAGAAGAAGGCCAAGAGGAAAUUGCAGGAGGCGCUGGAGUAUGAGUGCAAGCGGAGAGAGCAGGCAGAACAGUCACUCAAACAGUCCUCACCUACAGAGAGCCUCCGCUCCCUCAACGACUCGUUGACCCAGGAGAUAGAGACUGACCGCAGCAGUGGCAGAACAGAUGCUGAAAGGACAAUACAAGAUGGAAGACUAUUUUUGAAGACCACAGUGAUGUACUGAUGGCAUGUGCGGAGGACUUAUGAAGUCUGUCAUAUGAAGAUUCAGAAGAAUUCUGUCAUAUGAAGAUUGUCAUAUGAAGAGCGCCCUGUUUAAGGGUCUUUUUAGUUACAAAAACAGGUCAGGCUGAUCGCAGAGGCUCCAUGGAGGUGGCUGAGUUUGGCCCACAGCUGAAGGAAGGGCCAUGUCAGAAUGUAGAAUUAGGACUUUUCUUCUCACCAGUAUCAACAACAUAUUGUGACAGAUAUGGGAUUAAUUGCGUCGGCUGUUUUGAAGGCGACAAUUUGAGCACAGUAAAAAUGUACCGCGAGGUACACUCGGUGAUUAUACUUACAACAAAUCCACAGCACUGAAGAUUUUUAUACUGUAUUUAAACCAGCGAGAAAGCUUUGAAAAAGAAAUUCUGAUCCAGGGGUUUUGUUUUGUAAUAAGAAAAAUGAUAAAUCCUUAAUGUCAUAGCAUAUUGCCAAGUUGUUAAAGAUCCUAGCUUGGAGCAAAAGCCUCUGGAAAUGUGAAUUUGAAUAUAUGUUGAUCAAUAGAAACGACUAAUCUUUGCUUUAAAUGUUUUCUAAAUUAGAAAAAAAAAUACAAUCAAGUUUCAUUUUUAUCAUUGUUGUACAUACAAGAACAGAAAAUAGGUUAACCCGCUCACUUUGUUAUGUGUAUAUAAAGUUAAAAGAAGGUAUUGUGUAUGCAGUAGAUCUAUUAGGAAAACAAUACCAACAUUUAUAUUGAAUUUAUAGAUUUGUUUCUGAGCCAUCAUUCUUUCAGAUAGCUGCCAUUACGGUGGAAGCAUGCAGGCAUGUAAAUGUUUGUCCUGAAUUCCUGUUACUCAAUAAAUACUUAACUGUGUUGAACAACUAGGGUUGAUUCACUUACACCCUGAUAAAUUUGACUAAAACCAUUACUUCACAGUUCAGCUCCCAGAUCAGCAUCUGUGUUAAAUGCAUUCUAAGAGAAUCUCCUUAGUGUGUUGACUUUACAGCUGGCAUAUGCAAAAGAGGAGUAUAUGCAGGAAAUACAACCAGAUGAGUCCCAUAUUCGUUAUAUUUCUGAAAACUGAUAAUCGUCAGUUGAGGAUUGCAUCUCAAAGCAUUCUAAAAAGAAGACAAUGCUUAGAAGAAGGUCAAUUCUGAUAAGAUUCUAAAAAUCCAUUAUUUAUUGGUGAAACAUUGAAGGAGCAAUAAGUAAUAUUUUUGUGUUCUAUUUCUCACUUGCACAUUGCUUUUUUGUGGCUGGCUAUCGGGAGCGGCUGCACUGGACAAGCACUUACCUUGAGUUUACUUACAGAAAGCAGGGUAAAUUGACCCAUUAUACAUUUAGUAGCUGCUCUGUUUUCAAUCAAAAACCUCUGGUUGCAGUACUCAAGACCUGCCAGUUGCAGAGAUUGCUACUUAUAGAUUUAAAAAAUAUUAAUUUUUUUUCAGAGUUUUAAAAUAUAUUGUUGUAUUUUGUAAGAUUUUUCAACCCAUAACCUUCCACACUUAAUAACUUAUAUAAUGGUGUUUUUUUUCCUAAUUUCUGGGAUUUCAGAGUUUCUUAGUUUUGCUUUCCUGUCAUUUUUAACAGUUUUAUCCAUAGUUUUGCUUUGCCCCCCUCCCCAGUUUAGCAGUAUUCAAGCAAAGCGUCCUUUCAUUCGAAUGUUAUCACUUCUGUUUUUGGGACAUGAACAGCACACAGUAGACUGAGCUCUACACUGGAAGCAGUGCUCUUACCAGAUGAGCCAUUUAGGGGGCUACGUAUUGUAUGUUUUUAAUAUUUCAUCUACAAAUUUCAUCAAAUGUUCUCACAAACAGUGCAAGUAACAUUGUGUUUCUCGUGUUAUCAUUGUGAUGUGAUUUUAUACCUCUUUACUUGCUAUUGUAGCUGACCAGUACGAAUCCUAGUCUGGUUUGGACUUCUCACCUGAUAGGAAAUCUGUUUGAGGUUUUAUUAAAGGUUUUUUUUUUUUUGAAGCUGUACUUAAUUGAUUUACCUUCAUUUCAGGAAUGAAGGGAAAAGAAAAAUGAGAAAGGGAAGUCUCUGUCAGUCUCCUUGUGGUUGUUAUGCAUCAGUUACCCCAAACCAAAAGACUUUCUUUCCCCACCACACCUGUUCUUUAAUCUUCUGAGAUUUGCUGUACAAAAUUCUGAGACUUCUACUAAAUUCUCUUUGAUGAAACCCUGUAUCCUCAUGACUAGGGUCUGUAGUUCUUCUUGCCUGUCAUUCCUGUAUUUCACAUGUAUAUGAAGUUAGUGUUGAUAAUAAAAACGAUGUAUUUUGAAGUGUUUUGCCCAUUCUAAACAGCAAGGCCCUUCAAAGCUUGUUUGGGGAAAUGUGCUGAACUGGCUUAAAUUAUAAAUGAUUCUCUUUCUUCGGGAGCUGUAAUGCAUAGUAACUCAUGAUCAAAUAUAGUGUUGUACACUUUCCAUAGGUUGUACCACAGCUUUCCUGAGAUCAAGUGUGUAAGAUUUUACACUGUCCCACACAGUGGACAGAACUUCAGACAUCCAGUAUGAAGAGUGGCAAAAAGAAGAAAGAACUGAACCUGAAAAAGCCUUUAUUAACCCCAAUUCUCAAUGAUCAUGGGAAAGCUGGAUAUAUUUUUUCGUUUCAUUUCACAUAAGUUUUUUAUUCAUACAUUUGUUCUCAGUCCCAACGAAAUCUUGGUGUCAAGUAAAAGUUGAAUUUUCAUUAAAAGAGAAUUUUGUCUUUUAAUGUA